AUGAGCGCGUGGGAGCAAUGGGGUGGCAAGAAACCUGCGACGAGUAAGUUGCAGGGCGCCCAAGACGCCCUGCAUAGCCUGAUGCGCUCGUCUGCGGUAUCUACCGCGCCUACUGCUGGUAGCGAAAGCACUGGUAGCGUCAACUCGGUGUUCCAAAAGGCGUGGGACUCGGCUCGUGAGUUUACAAAAGACGCGGUCACUGCGCCAAAAGACGCGACGGACACGCUAGAAAGCGGGCAAAGAGACGGGGCAGUCGAUGACGCCAGUGUCGCCAAAUCGUGGUUUGGAAGAAAGAGCGCAAGUAAUCGAAGCGGGCUCGCGGUCCCGAGUAUGAGUUGGAAUGCGAGGUUCAAGUAUUUUGUAGGCAUGACUCUACUCGGGAUGCUGUUUUUCGGCAUGGCUUCGAUCUUUCUACCAUUGAUCAUGAUUCGUCCAUCCAAGUUUGCGCUGAGUUUUACCCUGGGCAGCAUGUGCUGUAUGAGUGCUGUUGCAAUGCUGAAAGGCCCAGCGGCAUAUGCUGUCGAACUCGUGCAGCCGAAUCGACUGCUGCUGACUAGCGCGUACUUUGUGACACUUGGGUGCACGCUGUACAGUUGUUUGAUAUUGGGCGACUACGUGUUCGUCGUGCUGAGCUCAGUCUUGCAGUUAAUGACGUUGGGAUCGUUUGCGCUGUCGGCGUUCCCUAGCGGUCCGUCGAGCCUAAGAGCAUUUACGACGCUGUUUUGGAAAUCAGCGCGCAGUAUGGUGCAAGCGAUCACUCGCGUUUUGAUGAGGUGA